AUGCGAUCUUCUCUUCCGGCUCUCGCUGUUGUGGCAGCUCUCAUUCCUUCUUCGCUGGCACAAUUCCCUCCGAACCCUGAAGGAGUGACAGUGCUGAAGUCAAAGUUCGACGAAGGCAUCACCAUCAGCUACAAAGAGCCGGGCCUAUGUGAAACGACUGAAGGAGUGAAGUCGUACGCAGGCUACAUCCAUCUACCACCUGGCACUCUUGAGGGUGUCGGUCAAGAACAGGACUAUGACAUCAACACAUUCUUUUGGUUUUUUGAAGCCAAGCAUGACCCCGAAAAUGCGCCUCUCUCCAUUUGGAUGAAUGGCGGUCCUGGAAGUUCUUCAAUGUCGGGUCUGUUCAAUGAGAACGGUCCUUGCUACAUCAACGAAGACUCCAAUUCGACGCGGCUUAGCGAGUGGUCAUGGAAUAACAAAGUCAAUAUGCUGUACAUUGACCAGCCUGUUCAAGUCGGCUUCAGUUACGAUUCUUUGCGGAAUGUCACGAGAAACCUCUUUGGUGGCGUACAGACCUUGAACGCAUCCAGUCCAAUUCCUGAGCAGAAUGCCACGUUUCACACGGGUACUUACCCCAGCAACAACCGCAACACGACAAGUUGGGGCAGCCGUAACGCAGCUAUUGCUCUAUGGCACUUCUCCCAGGUCUGGUUCCAGGAGUUUCCUGGCUACCACCCCAACGACGACCGCAUCAGUAUCGCGACUCAGUCAUACGGAGGCCGCUAUGGGCCAGCAUUUGCAGCCUAUUUCCAGGAGCAGAAUGAGAAGAUUCGGAACGGAACCUGGGACGGCACCGAGGGCGAAAAGUAUAUCCUCAACUUUGAUACUCUUUUGAUUGUCAAUGGAUGUAUUGACCGUCAGGUACAAUGGCUGUCAUACCCGGAAAUGGCUUUCAACAAUACAUACGGCAUUGAGACUGUCAAUGAGACGGUUUACACAGAGAUGGUCGACGCAUACUACCGUGAAGGAGGCUGCCGUGACCAAAUCGACGCCUGUCGUGCGGUCUCCUCCGUCUAUGACCCGGAAAACAUUGGUAUCAACGCUACGGUCAACAAAAUCUGCCAGGAUGCCGAGACAUGGUGCACCAACAACCUCCGGGAUCCGUACCUUGAGAUAUCUGGCAGAGAUUACUACGACGUAACUCAGGUUGACCCGACGCUGUUCCCGCCUCCCUUCACUCCUGGAUAUCUCAACCAACGACACGUACAAGCUGCUCUCGGUGUUCCUCUCAACUUCAGCGGUAGCUCCAGCGCAUCUUCUUCCGCCUUCCGUGGUAUCGGAGAUUAUCCCCGACCAGGCUGGAUUGAGGACCUUGCGUAUCUCCUGCAUAGUGGUAUCAAGGUCUCGCUCAUGUACGGCGACAGAGAUUUUGCAUGCAACUGGAUUGGUGGCGAAGACGUCUCCCUGGCGAUUCCAUGGGAAAAUCAAAAGGAGUUCGCCGCUGCGGGGUACCAGCCUCUCCAAACCAACUGCACUUACGAAGGCGGCCAAGUCAGACAGUACGGAAAUUUGUCGUUCAUCCGAGUCUACCAAGCAGGGCACGCAGUGCCGUCAUAUCAGCCCGAGUCCGCCUACCGUAUCUUCAACAGAGCAUUGUUUAACAAAGACAUUGCCACUGGCAGGAUCGACACGGCGGCGAACCUUACCUACAGUACCGAGGGUCCAUCCGACACCUUUUCCAUCAAGAGCGAGAUCCCGCCCCAGUAUGAGGAUUUCUGUUACAUCCUCGACCUGAGCACUUGCACCGACGAGCAGGUUGCGGCUCUCCGUAACGGCACUGCUGUAAUCAAGGAUUACAUCAUCACUGAGCCGGCUUACAGUAGGGCUGCUGCACGCAGUAUUGGUGAGAGGGACAUACUUGAUGAGAAUUAG